AAAAUAAAAAUAAACAUAACGACUUUUGUUGAUUGUUGUUUUGUUAAACUUGAAAUCUUGAAUUAAAAAUUUAAAGAUGAUUGAAUGGUUUGAAAGAAAAAUCAUCAGUAUUGAUGAAAAUACUGAUAACGAAAUAAAAAAAGAAACUCUUGAAGAUUUUAAAAUAAAAUUGAGGAGUUUAACUUCAAUUGAACUUCAUAAUGUUGCUCAAAAUUUGGAUUUCACUCGUUUAUUUUCGCAGCUAACCUCAAAUGACAGCAUUUAUAAUGAAGAAGUUUGCAAUAAUUUGUCAACAUUAUUCAGCGUUUUGGAAGCCGGUGAAGUUUUCAAAAGAUUUCCAAUGGAAAUGAGUCAAUUUAUUAUUCAUGAAGAUCCAUUGGUUAAAAAAUUAGUGUUGAAAGAAUUAUUAAAAACAGCAUCAUCAGAAAAUUCUGUAACACAACUGAUAAAUGAUAAAAAUAUAUUAAAUUUAGUUAUUGAAGAAAUUGGUAAAGAUGAUCUUGUUGUUGCAAAAAUUGCUAUGGAUGUUAUCAAGCAAGUUGGUAAAUCACCAGCUGGUGUAAAAGCUCUUUACAGUUCUCCAUUACUAACAUCACUUGCUCGUUUAAUAUCAAAACGUGGUGUUAUAAGUUUUAGAAUUUACGAUGUUGUUGUUGAUAUUGCAAAGCAUUCAAAAGAAAAUCUUGAUGCAUCAGCAACAUCUGGAUUUCUCAGUAGCUUGAUAAAUAUUUUACAAGAUGAUGAUGUACUGCUUCAAUUAAAUGCACUUGAAGUAAUGGCUGAGUUGGCAAGUACAGAUUAUGGUUUAAAUUAUUUGGAGGAAAGAGAUGUACUAAAAACAUUGAGUGAUAAAAUUGCUGAUGCAAAUGAAAAUCCACUGUCAAUUCUUUUGAUACCAGGCCUGAUGAGAUUUUUUGGUAAAAUAUCAAAAAGUCAUAUUGAUAUACUCUCAAAAUAUCCACCAGUUAUUUAUGCAUUAUUUGAUGUUAUCAAUGAAACAGAAGACACACUAUUAUUGACCAAUGCACUUGAUACACUUGGUCAUAUUGCAUCAACAAAUGAUGGUAAAUAUGCCCUACAAAAUUUAGGACAAUUCAUGAACAAUGCCAUUCACAGAAUCAGUCAAGUUAUCAAAACAAUGCCAAGUGAAUUAAAAGUAUGUGGUCUUGAUUGUCUGGCUAUGAUAUUAUACGUUGAUAAAACAAAACGAGACAAUCAAAUAAUGUCAUUGACAAAAAGCUGGUUUGACUUGAUAAAUAAUGAUCCACUUGAUAUGAUCAUUGGGUAUUGUCGUCAGCCAUUUCAUGAUAUUAAAAUAUCAAGUUAUCGUGUUCUCAGCUCAAUAUCAAAUCAAACAUGGGGACAUGAAUUAAUUGCAUCUUAUCCUGGUUUAAUUGAGCUGCUACUUGCAAGAACAACUGACUGUGAUAAAAACAUCAAAGAAAUAAGAUAUGAAAUUAUUAAAAAUUUAUCUGAAGCUGAAGAUGUAUUUGACAGUGGAAAUAUUCAAAAAUUUACAACUUAUGUUCAUCAAGGACCAUAUUUUGUUGAUCUUGAAACAGAAGUUGCCACUGAAGUACCAACAUAAUUAUUCAAUUACAUUUAUAAAUUAUUAUAAUAUACAAAUAAUGGUGUUUUUUUUUUUUUUUUUUUGAUAAAUAAAAACAGUUUAAUUUAAAAGUAAGAUAAAAUAAUUUAUUUUUACAUAUUCAUAAUAUAAAAUUAACGUAUAAAAUAUAAUAUUAAAAAUUAUUAAUUCAUAUAAUUAUCAUCAGGCUAAGCCUUUAUUUUAAUUUUUGUUUUUUUCAUUAAAAAUAUAAAUUAAUGUAUACGUUUUUUUUUCUUGGGUGAAACAAUUUUGAGCAUUGAUACAACUGGCGCUUCAAAUGCCAAUGAAACAAUAAAUGAUAUUACAUAAGAAAGUACAACUUGUCCAAUAAAAACAAUCAUCUGAAAUGAAUUAU